CUGAAAACUCUAACAUGUGGCUAGGAUUGAUCCACGUUUGAAUUUAGAUUGAGAAGAGUAAGGGCAUGAUCGUCAUUUUCUUUCUUACAUUUUUUAGAUUAUGGUGAUGGGCUGGUGAUGUGUCUGCACACGCAGACUUGUCCAUCUUUGCUUCUUCUUAUCAUCUUUUUAAUAAAUUGAAUUGUACUUGUUUAGAAUUUUCAACUUUGCUUUUUCUCUCACAUCUUUCUCUCACAAUUUUCAACCCAGAUGUCAAGACUUCUCAUCUCACAUGUCAUUUAUUUCUCUUCCUCAUACACAUUUGAAGAAUCACCCCCCAUCAUCCUCAUACACAUUUGAAGAAUCAUCCUCAUAUUUCUCUUCCUCUAAUAUAUCUCUGAUCUCUUUCUCUAAUAUGUCUAAUUUCAAGAAUCAUCCUCAUACACAUUUGAAACUAUACAUAUAUCAUUCUCUUCACAAUCUUUCAGAUCUCACAUAAAUUUUAGAUGUUUCACACACAUUUAAACCAAAUCGGAACAAGUCUUGACAUCUGGGUUUCAGAUCUGAACAAAAUAAAAUCGGAGGUGGUUUUUGCCGGUGUGAUUAGGGCUUUAAGGAGAUGAAGUUGUGGGGUUUUUGCAUGUGUGUUUGAACAAAAAAGAUGCUUUGAUCAAGAUCUGAGAUUUUCAAAAAAUCAGACAAUCGCCACACAAAAAAGACGAUCGCUGCAGAUCUUCAAAAAAUCAUCGGACAAAAUCAAAGAUGGCUGAGUUGAACAGCCAAAAACAUGGCAGAUCUUCAAAAAUCAUUAGACAAAAUCAAACAUUGCUGCAGAUCCUCAAAAUUCAUCGGAAAAAAUCAAACAUAGCAAGAAACUCCAUGAAGAUGCAUUGGGUGAGAGUAGAGUUUCCAGCCUCAGAUCUACAUCAAAAUGGCACAAAUGAUGAUGAGGAUGGUGUUCAGAAUUGUACUUUUACAGAGCUGCUAUCCACAGGUAUUCAUGCGGACGAGAAAUUUUAUGUUCACCACACACCCAAUGGCACUAGAAUGUGGUGUCCUAAUGUUCCUAUUGUUUUAAAGCCUGUUGUUGGUUGUGUAUAUGAAACGUAGAAGGACGUUACACAUAAUGAAAUACUUAUUGCUCA